CCAAACUCCAAGGCGAUGCAGCCGAUGAGGCUGCUGAGGCGCCAAGGGCCGCCCCUCCUCUGCCUCUCCGCUGCCCUCCUCGCCUGCGCUCUGCUCGCCGGCCCCGCCGUCGCCGAUGGCGUCACGCCCUCCGAGGCGCGCCGGCUUCGGGACGAGGUGAAAGAUAUGUUUUAUCAUGCAUUUGAUGGGUACAUGCAACAUGCUUUUCCACUUGAUGAACUGCGACCAUUGAGCUGUCAAGGAGAAGACUCCCUUGGUGGUUAUGCGCUCACUCUUAUUGAUUCUUUGGAUACUUUGGCUUUACUAGGUGAUAAGGAGAGAUUUAGUGCUGGCGUGCAGUGGGUUGGUAAGAACGUCCGUUUUGAUAUUAACAAAACUGUCUCAGUUUUUGAAACCAACAUACGCAUCCUUGGAGGUCUUUUAUCAGCUCACCUGAUUGCCAGUGAUUAUGCCACUGGUAUGAGGAUCGACUCUUAUGAUGAUCAGUUACUUCAUUUGGCUGAUGACUUAGCCCAGAGGUUGUUGCCUGCAUUUGAUACUCCUACAGGUAUCCCAUUUGGAUCUGUUAAUUUAUUGUAUGGUGUCGAUGAUGAUGAAAGCAAGGUAACAUCGACCGCUGGUGGUGGCACUUUGACAUUGGAAUUCGGUAUCUUGAGUCGAUUGACUAAUAACAGUGUUUUUGAGCAAGUCACAAAAAAUUCAGUGCGUGGUAUAUGGGCACGUAGGUCAAAACUCAACCUUGUCGGUGCCCAUAUAAAUGUCUUUACUGGUGAAUGGACACAGAAGGAUGCAGGAAUCGGAACAAGUAUCGACUCAUUCUACGAAUAUCUUUUGAAGGCAUAUUUAUUGUUCGGAGAUGAAGAAUACUUGUAUGUAUUUCAGGAGGCUUACAAGGCUGUAAUGCACUAUCUCCAUCACGAUCCUUGGUAUAUUGAGGUAAAUAUGAAUUCUGGCGCUACUGUUUGGCCAUUAUUCAACAGUCUGCAGGCAUUCUGGCCAGGACUUCAGGUUCUAGCUGGAGAUGUUGAUCCUGCCAUUCGAACACAUGCUGCCUUCUUUAGCGUCUGGAAAAAAUAUGGGUUCACUCCAGAAGGGUUUAACCUCGCCACAUCCACUGUUCAGAAUGGACAAAGGAGCUACCCGCUGCGGCCUGAGUUGAUUGAAAGCACAUAUUGGCUAUUCAAGGCUACCAGAGAUUAUAGGUACCUUGAUGUUGGAAGGGAUAUACUAGCAAGCCUUCAGUAUGGUGCUAAAUGCCCUUGUGGUUAUUGCCACAUAUCAGAUGUGGAAACCCACAAGCAGGAUGACCACAUGGAGAGUUUUUUCCUUGCAGAAACGGUAAAAUAUCUGUGGCUUCUUUUUGAUUUAGCUGUAGGCCCAGAUAACAUUGUUGAAAAUGGUCCAUAUAAAUACAUAUUUAGUACAGAAGGUCAUUUGUUACCUGCUACUCCCGAAAUAGCCCUGGUAGAUGAGCAUUGCCUUUAUUUUGGAGCAUUCUGUAAUGGUAGUACAGACCGUGGCUACGGUAAUGGCGAUAGUUCUAGUAAGCAGCAAAGUUCUAACUACACUCAGUUUGAUGACAGACAAACUGCUUCCAGUCAAUAUUCAAUGUCCAAUGUUUUGUUUGCAACAAGAGGUUACAUCAAGGGAGUUUGUCCAGGAUUGAAUCACGCUCAAAAACUUGGCAUCUCGUACCGCAAUGAAGAGGACAACUCCUUAGAGCAGAAUUCAAGAGAUCAUGAGAAUCCCGAUGAAUCUCAUGUGGCCACAUCCGGUGUCCAGACUCAAUCAAGUUCUGUUAUAUUGAUGUCUCAUUCUGUCACAAGCCAACCCGAUGAGUCCUUGGAGACCAUCUCAAUACCUCAUGAGAAUAUUGUGGUAACUGCCGACUCUGAGUUCAUGAGGGAGCCCAUGAGGACUGAUGCUACAGGUGGCUCGUCCCAAAAACUUGCUGGGGAUACUGAUGAAGAUAUUGUGUAUCAGGAGCAAAAUGAAGAUAGCACCAGCUGACCCUUAGAGCAGACACCGAUUUUUUUCACCUAACUUGGAGCACCUUCAUGGUCAGAGCUGGCCUUGUUACACUCGAAAAUCUGCCCAACAUAGGAAGCAAGCAGUGUUGAGUCAGGGCCGUCAA